AAGACAAACAACCACAACACACCCACACUCACUCCUACUGCCAAUUUAGAGUCGCCAGGCGACCUGAGCUGCAGGUCUUUGGACUGUGGGCGGAAGCAGGAGCACCCGGAGGAAGGCCCCGGGUCGGCCGGGAUGUUGUUGCUGCCAGGCGUCAGCGCUAACCACCAGAGGUUAGGAGGGAGAGGCACUGGGACUGUGUACUUCAGAUGUGCGCAUUCCCUGAUUCUCUAUUUAAAUUACAAAUAAAUACACACUAACCCGAAGCUUUGGCAGUCAAGCCUUGAGCACCUUAGUGGUGAGUAAAAUCAGAAAUGAUCAGUCAGUCAUGCUUUGAAUAGAAAUGAUCUAAUUUAAUUUGCCCGUAACUAUGGGUACCAUCAUUUUUUUAAAGCCGGUUGGUACUUUAUUCAACAGGCCAGCAGGGAGGUCUCACGUGCCUUUUCUGUUACAGUAUAUGAAAGAGCUCACUCAGCAGAGCAAGACAAGUGCUUCCUCAGAAAAACCGCAUCCUUCCUUUUCAGUGAGCAAAAAAGCACCUUCAUCUCAGUAAUCUGUCUCUUCUUUAUCUCUCUGUCUGGGUCAAAUACCUGCACUAUGUUCUCACAUUUGACAUAAGGGUAUUUAAAGUAGGUGCUCUCAUACACAGAAGAACACACAGUUCUUAUUCUGUGUGUAGGUUUUGUGUUUCUAGCCAAGUGCACAAAUGGCUUUUGUUUAUUUGUUUACCUCAUCACAAAAACAUCAACAAUUUCCUGGCAAAGAUUGCUUUGAAGUUCUAACUAGAUGUACUAAUACUUACGGUCAAGCAGCAAUACUGAAACCUUAAGAUAAGCAUGACAAGGUUUGCUCUAAGUCAGCUCAGAGUGAUUUUGUUGCACAGUCAUGUCUUGUCCAGUCAUCACUGUACUCGGUUUGAGUGUUGCAGCCACAUGGAGCCUUGGAGGCAGCCCCUUCAGGACGCCGCUUCCUCAACCUUAGUCACAGUUGACAGGAGGUCACGUGUUGUGACUUGACAGCUGCAUGGUGGCAUCCAGCCUCUUCAGUUUAAGUCUCAUGCUCACAGGGUCACAGGUUACUUCUGAGCUCCCCUUCUCAGCCACUAUGCACCCACUUUAUUAUAUUGCUUUUACUGUCCUGGCCAGUGUUUCUUUCCUCUCUUCCGUAUUUUCUAUUCAGUGCAAUGACAACCAAUAUCCAUGGCCGGUGACGACACAACAGUUUUGCUGUGACAAGUGCCGACCAGGAUAUCAUAUGAAUCGCGGGCGUCCAGAAAACUCCUGUAAAAUUUAUUGUGAGGUUUGCCCGAACCACCAAUACACUGAUUCCUACAACGUGGAGAUGUCCUGCAGAACUUGCAAUUUUUGCAACAAACCUAACAUGGAGUACAAGGUGAAGUGUAGCACCACUCAUAAUGCUGUGUGUGGCUGUACAGCCGGAUACAGGUGCAACGAUCAGUCCUGCUCACAGUGUGUGAAGAUAGCAGCCACCACCAAACCUACACUCCCUCCAUCCACUACAACCACAACACCUCACAACACCUGA